UUCUUUUCUAAUAAAAAAGAGACAGGAGCAGUGUGCAUUAUAAUAUGAUACCUUUUUCAUAAGUUGCAGUAUCCACAAACACAUUUCAUCCAAUCAAACUUCACCACCUUCCACUACCCCCCUCCACCCACCCCCCUCCCCUCCCUUUCUCUGUUGUUGGCUCUCUUGCCAGAUCUCUCUCUCUCUCUCUCCUCCCUCUCUCUCUGUGUGUAUGUUAUGGUGGCAGGGUGAAUUGAGAUUCAUUUUUUGAAGGCUUGCUAAAUAGAUUGCUCUCUUUCUCUCUCUUUCUAUUCCCUUUUUCUUGCUCUUUCUCUCUUUUGUUUGCUGCUCUUACAUCAAGGAGGAGAGAAAAAAGCAAGAAAGCAGAAGCCUUUUUCCAACUUUUUUAUUUUUCUUCUCCUCACAAAAUCCUAUAACCCCUCUUCCCCUCUCUCUCUCUCUCUCAAAAAUUCAGAGUUUCUGUCUCUCUCAUCGAGAGUUUCCAUCACCCAGCUUUUUCAGGCUGUCACGGUUCCUCUUCAGCUUCUUCUUCUCUAACUGUCCCUUCUCUUUUUGCAAGCUUCAGGUUUUCUUUGUUGCCAAAUUAGUAUAUACAUCAGCAGCAUAAAAAAUCCCUUUUGCUCGCAUCAAUCAAAUUUCUGUCUGUCAUUUUCCUAUAAUUUUUUCUUGCUUUCAAGAUUUUGUUUUCCUGGGUGUUUCCAGAUCUUAAUGAAGGGUUUUAGUCACUGAAAUUCGAGGAAAUUUCAAUUUGCUAUAAUCUUUAGGAUUAGUCCAAGUUGAGAGGAUUUUUCAUUGAUUUUUUAAAAAAGUGGGUUUAUUUAUUUUCUUUUCUUUUUUGUUUUUCCCUUUUUGAGAUUCCUCUAAGUGAGAGGUGGGCGUUGAGGAAAAAGGUAUUCUGAUUCCGAAAUGCUUCCCUGAUUUAACACUGACUUAUGCCCAUUCUCAAGCUUCCCACCUCUCUGCAUUUCUCUCUAUCUCAAGUGAUGCAAGUUUGAUGAGGUGGGACAUGGAGAUCUUAUCACCAAGCUCGUAUUUUUCGAAUUCAAGCUGGCUGCUUGACGAGAGCAGGAGCACGCGGUGGACCGCCGCCGAGAACAAGCUCUUCGAGAAUGCCCUCGCAUUGUUCGACGAGAACACCCCCGACCGCUGGCAGAAGGUGGCGGCGAUGGUGCCCGGAAAGACCGUCGGCGAUGUGAUUAGGCAGUAUAAAGAAUUGGAAGAUGAUGUGAGUAGUAUUGAGGCAGGCCUCAUCCCUGUUCCUGGCUACACCACCUCGUCUCCUUUUACGCUUGAAUGGGGCAGCGCCGCCCAUGGAUACGACGGCUUUAAGCACUCCUUCGCCGCCGGAAGGAAGGCGCCGCCGCCGGGGAGGCCGUCGGAGCAGGAAAGGAAGAAGGGUGUGCCUUGGACAGAGGAGGAGCACAAAUUGUUCUUGAUGGGGCUGAAGAAGUACGGAAAAGGCGAUUGGAGAAACAUAUCUAGGAAUUUUGUGAUCACAAGAACUCCAACACAAGUAGCUAGCCACGCCCAAAAAUACUUCAUCCGGCAGCUCUCCGGUGGGAAGGACAAACGGCGAGCCAGCAUUCACGACAUCACAACGGUGAACCUCAACGACCACCAGGCGCCUUCGCCGGAGAGGAAGAAGCAGCCCUCGCCGGAGCAGCCCUCCGUUCUGGCACCGCAGUUGGAGAAGCUCCCCAACUACCAGUGGAGCCAGGCCAGCAAUGAGGCAGUCAUGGGGUUCAGCUCACUUUGCCAUGGGAACAUGUUCUCCUCCCCGCCUUACGGCAUCGCCUCGUUCGGCCACAAGAUGCACGGCCACCAUCUGCAACGGGGCGUGGUGCACGACGCCUUCAUGGGCUCCCAAAACGCGGUGUUUCAAAUGCAGCCGGAGCUGCACUACCCCAAUGCAUAAUGCAUUUGUUCUUGUUGGUUUGAGAAAGGCAUAGUUAACAUUUUAGCCUAAAAGCUUAGCUUUGUUUGUGAUUUUUCUUGAUUUUCCCUUUUUGUGAAUAUGUGAUUUGGCAUUUGAGGUAGACACUGCUGCUAGGUAUGAAAAAAAAAAGAGAGUUAUAUAUAUAAAUAUCUCAAAAUGCCAGAGAUUGAAAGUAAACAAUCUUCAUGUGAUACUCCUUGUAUUUAAAAAAGAUCAAGCCAUCAUGGAAGGAAUUCUAUUAGUCCAUUUUGCCA